CCCCCCAUAUUUUUGGCUGCCGCCGCUUCUAUACAUGAUAAUAUGUUUAUAUGAUUAGCUGAGCCCAGGGGUGGGGAGAAGAGAGAGAAAGAGAGGGGGUGGAGAUUGGAGGAAGAGGUGGAGGCUGGAGGUGGCUCCAGUUCAGAGCUAGUGGAGAGUCCGUGUCAGGACUUCGCAAUCCCCAGUCACACACUGAGAGAGAGGUGCAUGGACGAAAGGGAGCUGGCAAUACAAUUCACUGGGAUUUUUCUUUUUUUCUUUUAAGGGCGAUUUCACUCGCCCCCCGCCCUCCUUUCCCUCUCUGUCUCUCUUCCUUUCUCUCCCCAUUGCUUUGAGCGACCAGCUUUGCUCUUGAUCUCCGUUCACGGGGCAGCGGAGGCAGCAGCAGCAGCGUCGAGGAGAGAGGAGAAGCAAGGAGGAGAGGAAAAAAAGCGAAGCUUGAAGAAGGGCUGGAACUGGAUCCUGCCAGAGGCCAGGAUGCCAUCCAGGGAGAUGUAAAUGAGGCCGACGAGGACGACGGAGGGAAAGGGGGCUUUUCUUUCCGAUUUCCCCUCUCGCGCGCGUGUGCCUGUGCUUUGCAAUCGCAGCGCCUUCUCCCCACUUCGCCUCCCCGCCGAACAAUUGAGUUGAUUCCGGCUGCUCCUGUUGGCGUCGCCUUCUUUCCCCCCCUCUAUCCAUCCCAGUCGCCUAGAGAAAAGAGAGAAGACUCCAGGGCUGAUCACAUCCAAGACGGUGCUCGCACCUAGCGCUCUUUUGUUGUGGUGCUUUCAGAUCGACCAAAAUAAUUGUUUCGAUUUUCCUUUUGUUUUACCUCCCUCCUUCCUCGCUCUCCUUCCCCCCACCCCAAACAUUUAUUUAAAGGAGUGCGUGCGUGUUUUUGGGAAGGAGCCGCGCGCGUUGGGACCUGGAGUGUGUGGGGGGAAAUGUUGACUUAACCUCUCGCCGAGCCCCUUCGGCUGCCUGGGCUCUUUUUUUCUUUUUGCUUGGACGGAAGGGAGACGAGCAGCCUCCUGGUGUGCGUUUUGUCCCAGCCCAGCGAGCUGCGAAGCCAGCUGCUUUCCUCGCCUUUCUUCGCUUCUUCUACCUAGCCCAGCUCUUUUUCCUUGACUUGCCCGGCGAUCCUCCACCUCCUUCCCCUUCUGGCUUUUGUGUUUGCUGGCGCGCCUCCCCGGGCCAAAACAUCGCCUUUAAACAACAAACAACAGCAACCGCCACCUUGUGAUCAGAAAGGGGCUCACUCUGUACCCCCUUUCCCGGGGCACCCCCAGAUGCAAGAGGAAGCCCGGCCCGGCUUUGGCUGCAAACCCAAAGUUAUGAAGAUCAAUGAUGUAGACCACCCACUCGAAUGACGCUGGACAUUUAUAACUGGAAUCUUUAAGGAAUAAUAAGAAGAAAUACGUCGAGAAAGGGGGGUCAAUAAUGGUGGCUUCUGAUUGCAGAAUGAAAAGGUUUUGGCUACUUCUGAUAGUCAGCUUCCUCCAGUGUACAGAAGGUUUCAGUCGAGCAGCAUUACCAUUUGGUUUAGUAAGGAGAGAACUGUCCUGCGAGGGCUACUCCAUCGAUCUUCGGUGUCCAGGAAGUGAUGUCAUUAUGAUAGAGAGUGCUAAUUAUGGACGGACAGACGACAAGAUUUGCGAUGCUGACCCUUUCCAGAUGGAGAACACAGAAUGUUUCCUCCCUGAUGCCUACAAGAUUAUGACACAAAGGUGCAACAACAGAACACAGUGUAUAGUAGUUACCGGGUCAGAUGUGUUUCCUGAUCCUUGUCCUGGAACAUACAAAUACCUCGAAGUACAAUAUGAAUGUGUCCCUUACAUUUUUGUUUGCCCUGGGACAUUGAAAGCCGUUGUGGAUUCCCCAAAUUUAUAUGAAGCGGAACAAAAGGCAGGUGCCUGGUGCAAGGACCCUCUUCAAGCUGCGGAUAAAAUAUACUUCAUGCCGUGGACUCCAUACCGUACUGAUACUUUGAUAGAAUAUGCUUCUUUAGAGGACUUCCAAAAUGGACGCCAGCAGACGACAUACAAGCUUCCCAACCGAGUGGAUGGUACUGGAUUUGUGGUAUACGAUGGUGCUGUCUUUUUUAACAAGGAAAGAACUAGGAACAUUGUAAAGUUCGAUUUGAGGACUAGAAUUAAGAGUGGAGAGGCAAUUAUAAAUUAUGCCAACUACCACGACACUUCCCCUUACAGGUGGGGAGGGAAGACUGACAUUGAUUUGGCAGUUGACGAAAAUGGCUUGUGGGUCAUUUACGCCACGGAACAAAACAAUGGGAUGAUAGUUAUUAGCCAACUGAAUCCUUAUACCUUGCGUUUCGAGGCAACGUGGGAAACUACGUAUGACAAACGGGCAGCAUCUAACGCCUUUAUGAUAUGUGGGGUUCUCUACGUUGUGCGGUCCGUAUACCAAGACAAUGAAAGUGAAACUGGCAAGAACUCAAUUGAUUACAUUUACAACACUCGGUUAUUCAGAGGGGAAUAUGUAGAUAUCCCUUUCCCCAACAUGUACCAUUAUAUUGCUGCUGUGGAUUACAAUCCAAGAGACAAUCAACUGUAUGUGUGGAACAACAACUUCAUCCUGCGAUAUUCUCUAGAGUUUGGUCCCCCUGACCCUGCUCAAGUGCCUACCACAGCCGAGACCAUAACUCCUUCCACAGAGCUGUACAAGACAACUGUGUCAACUACAAGCACCACGCCACAGAAAAUUCCAAUUAGCACAACAUUACCUGGGGGGAAGGGGGAUGAAAGCAAAGGGCCCAAGCCACCGCCAGCAGUAUCAACGACCAAAAUUCCUCCUGUUACAAGCUUUUUCCCUUUGCCAGAGAGGUUCUGUGAACUUGAGGUGAAAAGGGAUAUAACUUGGCCUCAGACUCCAAGAGGAAACAUGGUGGAACGCCCCUGUCCCAAAGGAACUCGUGGAACAGCUUCAUACCUCUGCAUGGUUUCCACUGGAAAAUGGAACCCGAAUGGUCCUGAUCUUAGCAACUGUACUUCACACUGGGUAAACCAGCUGGCUCAGAAGAUCAGAAGUGGAGAAAAUGCUGCUAGCCUUGCCAAUGAACUGGCUAAACAUACCAAAGGACAAAUCUAUGCUGGUGAUGUGAGUUCUUCAGUCAGACUGAUGGAACAGUUGGUGGAUAUUCUUGAUGCUCAGCUGCAAGAUCUGAAGCCUAACGAGAAGGACUCUGCUGGACGGAGUUAUAACAAGCUCCAAAAGCGAGAGAAGACAUGCAGGUCUUACCUUAAGGCUAUUGUUGACACGGUGGACAACCUGCUUAGGACCCAAGCGCUAGACUCCUGGAGAGAUAUGAAUUCCUCUGAACGAGCACAUGCUGCAACCAUGUUACUUGAUACCCUGGAAGAAGGGGCCUUUGUCUUGGCUGACAACCUCUUAGAACCAACAAGGGUCGCAAUGCCUACAGAUCACAUCGUCUUGGAAGUUGCAGUGCUGAGUACAGAAGGACAGGUGCAGGACUUGAAAUUCCCCCAGGGCAACGCGGGAGGCAAUUCUAUCCAGCUCUCUUCGAACACUGUGAAGCAGAACAGCAGAAGCGGGUUAGCAAAGCUGGUUUUCAUAAUUUACAAAAGCUUGGGCCAGUUCCUCAGUACAGAAAAUGCAACCAUCAAACUGGGAGGAGAGUUUGCUGGCAGGAACAGUACCAUCGCUGUGAACUCUGACGUCAUUGCAGCCUCCAUCAACAAGGAGUCCAGUCGCGUGUACUUGACAGACCCUGUUCUUUUCACCCUGGCACACAUUGAUACCAAGAAUUAUUUCAAUGCAAAUUGUUCCUUCUGGAACUACUCUGAACGGACUAUGAUGGGCUACUGGUCAACUCAAGGAUGCAAGCUGAUCGACACAAAUAAAACGCAUACCACGUGUGCAUGUAGCCACCUAACCAAUUUUGCAAUCCUCAUGGCACAUAGGGGAAUUGCGUACAAUGGAAUGCAUGGCUUACUCCUCACUGUCAUCACCUGGGUAGGGAUUGUCAUUUCCCUUGUCUGCCUGGCAAUUUGCAUCUUCACUUUCUGUUUCUUCCGCGGCCUUCAAAGUGACCGAAACACAAUUCACAAGAACCUUUGCAUCAACCUCCUCAUUGCAGAAUUUAUUUUCCUAAUAGGCAUCGAUAAGACAGAGUACAAGAUUGCAUGCCCAAUAUUUGCAGGCCUCUUACACUUUUUCUUCCUGGCAGCCUUUGCCUGGAUGUGCCUAGAAGGGGUGCAGCUCUAUCUCAUGUUAGUAGAAGUAUUUGAAAGUGAAUAUUCUAGGAAGAAGUACUACUAUGUUGCUGGCUACCUCUUUCCUGCCACUGUUGUUGGUGUCUCGGCAGCUAUCGACUACUCCAGCUAUGGAGCGCAAAAUGCCUGCUGGCUCAAAGUUGACAACUAUUUUAUCUGGAGUUUCAUUGGGCCUGUUACCUUCAUUAUUCUGCUGAAUAUUAUCUUCCUGGUGAUCACACUGUACAAAAUGGUGAAGCACUCAAACACUUUGAAACCAGACUCUAGCAGGUUGGAAAACAUUAAUAAUUACCGUGUUUGUGAUGGCUACUAUAAUACGGACUUACCUGGCUAUGAAGAUAAUAAGCCAUUUAUCAAGUCUUGGGCCCUAGGUGCAUUUGCUCUCCUGUGUCUUCUGGGCCUAACAUGGUCUUUUGGACUGCUUUAUGUCAACGAUGAGACCAUUGUGAUGGCAUACCUCUUCACAGUAUUUAAUUCUUUCCAAGGAAUGUUUAUUUUCAUCUUUCAUUGUGCACUCCAAAAGAAAGUGCGUAAGGAGUACGGCAAGUGCUUCAGACAUUCGUAUUGCUGUGGAGGAUUGCCAACAGAAAGCCCACACAGUUCAGUAAAGGCAUCGACUACAAGAACUAGUGCUCGCUAUUCCUCUGGCACUCAGAGCCGAAUAAGGAGGAUGUGGAAUGACACUGUGAGAAAACAAUCUGAAUCAUCCUUUAUCUCAGGUGAUAUCAAUAGCACUUCAACACUUAAUCAAGGAAUGACUGGCAAUUA